CAGGAAGGUAGGAUUAGAAAGGGCACCUGGGUGUCCUCGGGCUGGCAUGGACAAGAUGGGCCGAAUGGCCUCCUUCUGUGCUGUAACUUUUCUAUGGUUCUAUAUGCAAAUAAACGAGUUUUUUCGCUUGGCUAACGGUUCGAAGAGUAUGCAAUCCCAACAAACCAUUUGAGCCGGGCUCUCAUCUUGUUAUGACAAUACAAGCACGUCUCCCUGUUUUGUAAUCUACUAAAACACGUUGAACUCUCAGUUACGUAACAUUGCAACCGGGAAUAUUCUAUUUACAAGAGAAAAACAAAUCAAAGCAUGAACUAAACCGUUUGUGAGACACUGAAGACUAUAAUAAAAGGCUGCUUAAUGAGCGUCAUUGAUUUCAGCUAAAGAGAUUUCUGAGUCUGACCUGAAAACUCAUUGCAGCAUUCUCCAAAUAAUCGGAUCAAGCGUCUCACAUUUGUGGCUGAUAAAGUGUGUUGGGCUUUUGUCGCUACAUGUUUAUUCAACUCACUGAGGACAAGUCUGCGAAGCGUGGCCGAAGCUCCAGCUCUUCUGUUUCUGAAGCCUUAGAAAUGUCAACUGAUUUCAGCGGAUACUGGAAAAUGAUAUCCAAUGAGAAUUUCGAAGAGUACCUGAAAGCGCUAGAUGUAAACAUUGCUUUGCGGAAAAUUGCAACUUUGCUGAAACCAGACAAGGACAUUGUUCAGAAGGGAGAUCACAUAGUCAUUAAAACCAUCAGCAGCCUCCGUAAUUAUCUCAUGGAAUUCGAUAUUGGCAAGGAGUUUCCUGAGGAUUUAACCGGGAUAGAUGACCGCCAAUGUAUGACCACAGUGAAUUGGGAAGGUGAUAAACUUGUGUGUGUACAAAGAGGAGAGAAACAGGGUCGAGGAUGGACUCACUGGAUAGAAGGCGAUGAACUGCAUCUGGAACUGCGGGUUGGAGAGGUAACAAGUAAACAGGUCUUUAAAAAAGUACAGUGAAGAGCCUCAGCACAUGACUGAAGACAAAACAUAAAGGAGACAUGUUGGCUAAAGCUGGAGGAUCUCUACGGUCACGAAACCCUUUUAAUACGAAGUGUAAAGCUGUUCAUAAUAUCAGUGGAGACAGUUACAUGGUCACCUUUUUAAAUGUUACAUGCAAAUAAUUUAAAUGUCAUUUUUUAUUAGCAGUGACUUGGCCAAUUAUAUUGCUCUUUGAUUGGAAAGUUAAACUAGUGUGAUCUGUUAGGUGUCUCAUUUAUGUUUCUCUAUUAAUAAUGGUUCACUAAAUUACAGUCAGUUGAAUGCUGUUUGAAUCUGCAAGCUUUUCUUUGUGGUGUGUGCUUUAUUUCUCAUUUUACCUUAUCUAUCUCUCUCACUCCUAUUUUCCUAUCUCUCUGUCUGUGCCUUUUCAUACCUAUCUGUUUUUCUAUUGCACUCUCAUUUACAAAUCUCUGUCACAGUCACCAACUUAGUUGUGUGAAUGUAAAGGAAAUCUCUUUUUUCAUGCCUCAUUCACCCAGAUUGGUCAAUGCAGACUGUAAAUCAUUUAUUGGUGCUGCCGUGUCAGAAACAUGAUUUUUGCUCCCUUUUCAAGUGUGGUGCAAUUUAUCCUUAAAGCUGCACCUUCCCAGUAUUUUUAUGACUUGAACCUUGCAACCAAAUGAAUUAUAACUAAAUUAAAUUUUAUUAGCCAGUAUAUUUCAAUUGAAUUCAACUUGAAUGUUGGUCCGACGUUGUUGUGGUUAGUUCUAUUCAAACAUUACAGUCUGCAAAGGCGUUGAGAGCUUAGAUCUGAAUUUCUACAGGUUGUUUAUUAAAAAGCCAAUUUAUAGUAUUGAAUAUUGGUCCAUUUGAUUUCAACUAAAUUGGAAAAUCUCUUUAUUGUACAAAUAGCUAUUCCAAUUAUUUUGUGACAUGAUGUAUUUUUUCUGAUCUUUAUUAAAUAU